GUAAAUCACAAGCACGAGUACUCCGCGACUUCGCGGUACUUUCCAGCACCAAUAAUUAUGAUUCGCUUGCAAAACAUUAUUUAAUUGAUAACAUUACGACGGAUGGGAGCAGAGCGAAUCGCUCACUUUGCUCGCGCCGACAGUCUCCGACCGCGCGUCGACCCGUUAACAAGAGCAAUUAAAGCGGGCGUUCUUGAAAGAUUGUAAUUUUGGGUUGAACCGGAUGUUCCCCUUUCGCAAAAUUUGAGGUCGGUCGACGCUACCGAAAAGUGUGGUGAAAUUAGUGCUUCUGAAAACCGGAUACAUAUCUUGAGGACGCGAUCAACAAAGGAUCGUGCGUUUCACGUCGGACGAUCGCGUUGCAGUUGAUAACACGAUGGAGGUUUCCAACAGCACCGGGUUCCUGCUGCAAACAAUGCUCCUGAUGGCGAAUCACCAGUGGAACAACAGCCUGUACAACGCGAUCCACAACGUGUCUUCGAGUGACGGCGCCGGCAACGUAACGUUGACUGAGGAAAACACCCGCUGUUACGGCGUCUACGGAUGCUUCCCGCUGACGUACCCGUGGGUGGACGAGAAGCGACCGCUGGCGUACCAUCCGCGAUCGCCGGCCCAGGUCGACGUGAGGUUCCCAGUGUUCAACAAGCCGGUGCGGGAGCACCCGCGGUUCAUCGACAUCAACGAUCCGGACGACGUGAAGAACCUGGGGAUUCGGGCUGACGAAGCGAUCUACUUUGUGACCCACGGGUACAUCGAGUCCGGCGAUCGACCAUGGAUCAAAGGCUUCGUGGACACCUUCCUGGAGCACGAUCCCAAAUCAACGGUGGUGAUCAUCGACUGGCGAAGGGCCUCCACCCCUCCCUACACCCAGUGCGUCGCGGACAUCCGCUUGGUCGGAGCCAUUUGCGCUCACGUCAUCCACAUGCUGUACCAAGAGCUCGGGAUGCGUAACUUGGAUAAGGUCCACCUCCUCGGUCAUUCCCUCGGAGCGCACACGUGCGGUUACGUCGGGUACUACCUGCAGCGGGACUUUGGACUCAAGUUGGGCCGCAUCACCGGGAUGGACCCGGCGGAGCCCAUGUUCUCCGACACCGAUCCCAUCGUCCGGCUCGAUACCUCCGAUGCCAAGUUCGUCGACAUCAUCCACACCGACGCAACGCCCUGGGUUCAGCGCUGGCCACGACCCGGAGGUCUCGGAAUGUACCAGUCGAUCGGUCACGUUGACUUCUACCCCAACGGAGGUAGCAAUCAAGCCGGUUGCGGUGACGCCAUGGAAAAGUUCAUCCAGAAGAACGACGAUUCCUUCUUCUGGGGAUUCCAGGAGUUCUUCGGCUGUAACCACCUGCGUUGUCACCAACUCUACACCGACGCGAUCGCGCAGCGCUGCCCAUUCGUAGGGAUCGGCUGUGAAUCGUACGAAAAGUUCCUCGCUGGAGAUUGCUUCGAGUGUGACGUCGACGGACACUACUGCGUAGACUUUGGUCCGAACGCCUGGAAGAGCUACCGCCGCUUGAUCGAGAACGGCGUCAUGGUCGAACCCAGACCGAUCCGGGCAUACAUGAUCACCGGCGACGGAGUGCCCUUCUGUCGGACCCACUUCAAGGUGACCCUCGUCCUCUCGGACAGCGAAGAAAGCCUCAUGCACGGCGGCGAAAUCGGCAAGAUGUCCCUAGAGUUCUACGGCGAGGUCCGCAACCGAACCCAGCGCAUGGAGUUCUCCAAGGAUCCGCUGUACUUCGAGCCCGGCAAGAACUACUCGGCCGUGAUGGCCGGCAAGGACGUGGGACUGCCGCGGAAGGCGCUCGUCAGUUGGGAGUACAAGACGAACCCGUUGAAUCCGCUGACGUGGCGACUGUUGGCCGCUCCGAGGGUGUACGUGGCCUACAUCGUGGUCCAGACGCUGGAGCACCGAUCGCGGCAGGUGUUUUGUCCGCUGCAGCAGGCGGCCGUGCAGGCCGACAGAGACAACGAGUUCCGGGCGGAUUAUUGCAGUAACUAGACAAUUCAUGAACAUGUUAUUGCUUUAAGUAAUUUGUUACAAUAAACUUUUAUUCAAUAUUAAA